ACGGCACGGCAUCACAUUCGCCUGCGCAGAAGGAAGAGAGAUGGGGGAUUAAAUGCACAGUCAUGGUUACUUCAGGAUGAGCAAUCCAUUCCCCGGUAAGCACACAAUAUAAGUUGCCUCUCUUUUGUCUGUCCGCGUGCGCGAUCGUUCCCUCUACCCGUCACCCGACGUCUAGCUGCGACUUUCCUCCAGCUGUAUACAGCGAUACAGAAUCGCGCUUGGCUUACAUCGGAAUCGCCCCUGGAAUAGGCAGUCCCCUCCAUUGUAUUGCGGUGCAGCGACUCGCGACUCGGACAUUGCCUUUCCCUUACUUCACCUUCCCCGCCAGCGAGCGAAAGCGUCAAACGCUCAUCGGAUUCGGCUCGAUCGCUCGUUGUCCCAGACGCCCGCACCUCUUCUCUUGUAUUCCAACUCCCUGACGCCCAGUCCGGCAGUCGAGCAUUGCCUUUUCUCCCCUUUCCCCAGUUAUAUACUUGUCACAUCGUCAAGCGCACAUCCUACCCAUUUACGGACCAGUGCGCCCACUUCUAAGCGCGCAGCCGAGCCAAGAUCCAACAAGGAAGAGCAAGCGUACAUAUAGCGCGGACGAGAGGGAAGCCAUAUCUCAAUUUACACACACCACCCGCCCCUUGGGGGAAUCUAGCCCUUUUCAAGAGAGACAAACAGACAGCAACUCGCGCGUGCUUCUCACUUCACUCCCGGAUUCUGCUUCCGCUCUCCUGGGACGCCCAUUCCCCGGUCAACCAAAGAGUAUACAUAUCCCCUUGCCGUCCUAUCCUCCUCCCCGCCCUCUCUCUCCCGCCCCCUCUCCCCCUCUUCCUCCCGGUCCUUUUCGCUUGACCACCACCACGAACAGCAACCAAACAUGAAGCUGCACGGACCGUCACGCACUUCCACCCUCUCUCGCCGUGGCUCACCCACUCCCCUCAAGCCCGUCUCAGGCGCAUCCGUAUCAACCCCCACAUCAGAUUUAUCUUCCCUUCGAGCACAGGCAGUCGCGGCGCACGGGCACUCCCACCCGCAGACGCUGCACACUUACACGCUGGAGCAAGCGAGCUUCCCCUAUGUCACGCUCGCCCUCAACAGCUGCGCCGCCUCUUCCGAGCAGAUGCCGGUAUUUCACGGCGCUUGCCCAGUAACAGGCGAGGUCGUACUUGAGCAGAGCAAGCUCCGCUCAAUAAAAGACGUGAUGAUCACAGUGGAGGGUCGCCUCUUUGCGCCCUGCGGCGAGGCAACGUCAUUCCUGUCCCAGACUCUCUCCCUCAUCACCCCCGCCUUCCCCCAACCCCCACCGCGCACUUCCACGUUGGAUGGCACGCACAGCCUCCCCUUCUCGUUCACUUUCCCCUCUGUCGGGUCUAAUGGCGCACCCUUACCAACAAGCUGGGCAUCCGCACUUUCUCCGAACACGAAGAUCGAGUACAUCUUCUCCCUUCGCAUCAAGCGCAAGAGCCGCGCUGCUCGUCGUGUAUGUGGGGACGACGUGCUGAACGUACCGAUUGUCUUCCACCCCCGAGUACGACCCGAGAAGCAACCUCUUGUCGCAUGGAGCGCUGCUGGGUUAGUGGGAGAAUGGCCUACGGACCGCAGUGCGUGGCACCUUUCGACCGCUACCAUCCGCGGGUCCGAGCUCGGUCAGCGAGACGCGAGCCUCCGCGCAACGCUGGGCCUCGCAGCGCCCCUUGCAUACCCGGUCCGCUCCUACAUACCGUUCACUAUCACCCUCUCCGACGAGCGGAACAGCGCGCCCGACGUCCUCUCCGCACCCAUCGCGAUAUCCGUCGACCUCCGGCGCGGUGUGCGCUAUGUGCCCACCGUCAUCCCCCACGCUGUGAGCGUCUGGUGCGUCUCAUGCGGAUUCGCGUCAUCAAAGUGUAUCUGCCCUAAGGCCGCCCUCAUCAAAGCCGCGCACGCGAACAAGCCGAGCCAAGAAUGGACCUGGGAGAGCGUAGCGGUGGCAAACUGCUGGCAAGUCCCGCACUCGGCGGCGAACGUCCGCGUCGUCCGAGGGGAGAUCGACCUGGACGGUUCAUUGGAACCGUCAUUCACCUUCGGUGGUCUCAGCGUCUCUUACGCCGUUCAUGUGCGCUUCUCAGCGCCCGGAAGAGAGGAUGAGCACUUCACAUUCGUGGAGCCUGUUACCCUUGUUCCCGAACUCGGUGGGGAGACUGGUUCUUCCCGCACGAGCGGCUACUCCAGUUCUACGCCAUCGAUGACAGCGGGCUCUUCCGCCUACGCGCCUUCUAUUCGAUCUGCAUCACCUCCCUCAGCCAGCUCAGCAGCUGCAGCGGCUAUAAAAGCGCAGCACAAUGCGCUCAGUAAGACCCUCUCUUACUCUCCUCAACCAACAUCAUACCACGAUCUCCCACCAUCAUACGACUGCUCCCAAGUGCAGGCAGGAUACGGGUACGGCCUCGGCUCCACUCCCAGCGCGCUCAAGCCUGCCGGGCGGGAACGAGGAGGCAAGCAGAGCAGUCCUCCGGGCACACCCCAAUCUCGAGCAAGCAGCGAGGAACUGGAAUUGCAGUUGCCGGUUAGCGCACAUUCGCGAGCGCCUUGUGGAGCAAUCCGAUUCGGCCUCAAGCCCGGUCAGCCAGGGCAGGGAGAGACUUGGAUGCACAUGCGGGUCAGCGAGGAGGACUUCUUGCUUGCGUAGUUCUGUUCGAUAUGAACUAUGGUGACGACUUCUUAUUCGUGUUUAACCCUUCCACUAGCAAUACUUUUUUUUGUUCCUUCACUGGAGCUUAUAGCGUAGCCUCAUGAUAUGCCCGUAC